CUAAACAUUUUGUUGAUUUAAAAUGAGUAUUUGUAGGAUUGUAGGAGGUAUUCCAACCAGAUGAGAAAAACAAGCCCACCAUCCAGAGAGAGGAAAAGAACAGAAGAGUUUUUCUUUCUUCUCCAAGAUAAUGACGGAUUCUUGCGAGAAUCUUCCGUCUUCUGCGAAAAUCUCUAAUCUGAAUUGCAUCGACCUUUCCAAUCCCGACAACAAAGCCUCCGCUUCUCUGCUCAAACAGGCUUGCACGGAGUCAGGAUUUUUCUAUGUGAUAAAUCAUGGAAUCAGCCAGGAGUUCAUGGAUGAGGUGUUUGAGCAAAGCAAAAAGUUUUUUGAGUUGCCAUUGAAGGAGAAAAUGAAGCUCCUUAGAAACGAAAAACACCGGGGCUACACUCCUAUGUUGGACGAACACUUGGACACUGUUAAUCAAAUUCACGGGGAUUACAAGGAGGGGUAUUAUAUAGGUAUUGAACUACCCAAAGAUGACCCUGAAGCGGAAAGACCAUUUUAUGGACCAAACAAAUGGCCUGCUGAAGAUAUCUUGCCUGGAUGGAGAGGCACUAUGGAGAAGCAUCACCAAGAGGCACUUAAGGUGGCAUUAGAGAUAGCGAAGAUCAUAGCUCUUGCACUAGACAUGGAUGUUGAUUUUUUUCUGCAGCCAGAAUAUCUUGGCAAACCUAUAGCCACUCUUCGCCUGCUACAUUAUGAAGGUAAAUAUUCUGACCCUGCUAAGGGAAUUUUCGGAGCUGGUGCACAUAGUGAUUAUGGUUUUAUCACACUUUUAGCAACAGAUGAAAACUAUGGUCUUCAGAUCUGCAAGGAUAGGGAAGCUAUUCCUCAGGUAUGGGAGUAUGUAUUGCCAUUGAAAGGGUAAGGAACUAUCUUAAGAUAUGGCUCGUAUGAAAAGAACCAAAGAAACAAAAACAUAUUCACUUCUUUCACAAGCAGUAUUUUUGGUAAAGUAUGCAUUAAGUCUACAUAGUAUUACUAGUCUUUUCUUUGGGGUUAUGUAUUGUCCUGUUAAAAUAUUACAUAAAAUAACAUGUCAAACCUCUUAAAAUAUAGCUAUUGACUGUUCUAGAGACCUUUUACAUUUUUUAAAUUUGCUUUCUACUGACAGUGGAUUCAUAGUGAAUAUUGGUGAUAUGUUGGAGCGGUGGAGCAACCUUAAAUUUAGGUAAUUUAAAGUUUUUAUUCAUAGAACCUAGGUAGUCUUCACACCCCAUGCGGACACCUCAUCAAUUGGUUCUCGGAUGGACAAAUACAAGGGUAUAUGGAGGGUUGAACUUUGAUAACCGUUAUACGGGAGUUACACCCCAUGAGGUGGGCUCAUUGUGGGCACAUACACUCCUUAUCACAUAAGGGACUGCUGAGUCACCAUGAUUUAACCCUCCCCUCCUUUGUUGGGCCAGGGUGUGAAGGCCUUGGGGCAUGGGAUCUGCCUUGUAAGUGUAUCAACACUUUUGUGUGGCUGUGCGUACUUCUAUAUGCAUGUGUAUACAUACUCCAGUGAACCGUUAUUUAGUUAAAUACUGCACACCUCUCAUUUGAAUACGAUCUCUUUUAAAGUGUAAAAACAAAUUGUAAUUUUUCAAAAAAGUUAGUUGUUGCCAUAAUUUGCAUGUUACUUGCAAAUCCCAAAUCUCUCUAUGUUUGCUGAUUUUUUCCAGAUCAACUUUGCAUCGUGUACUCGGAAAUGGUCAAGAAAGAUAUUCAAUUCCAUUUUUCUUGGAGCCUAGUCAUGAUUGUGUUGUGGAAUGUCUACCAACUUGCCAAUCAGAAGAAAAUCCUCCCAAGUUUCCUCCAAUAAAAUGUGAAACAUACUUACUCCAACGAUACAGAGAUACACACGCUGAUUUGAACUCUUACAAAUCAGAGUAAAGCACAAGAGGUGGUUUAUGUCAGAGAAUCAUAUACUCUAAGUAUAGAAGUGUACAUACUGUGUGGGAACAUAGAGCAACUAUGGAGCAAGCAAUAAGAUGUCUUUCCCACUCCUCACAAACAUAUAUGGGUGCAAUAUUUUUAAUAGCUGAGUAUAGUGACUUUCUGAGUAGUUGUGUUACUUGUAUGUAAUGUUUAUAUUGGGCGCAAACUCGGUAACCUUUUGGUUAUCGUUAUACAUUUCGUUGUGCCAAAUCCAAUAGUUACUUGAGUAAACAAAAACAAAGAAUAUAUAUAUAUAUCACAGCUCAAAGCACUGUAAUGCAUACACUUCUGAGUUCUGACUUCAAUG